AUGAACGCUCAGCCUCACAGGUUGCUCUUCACGACAUUAGCAUUAAAAGGGUAUGCUAAUGCUUCAACCCCCUUCACAUUAAAAGUUUUUGCCACCCCAGGAAAUCCUCCUGUGUUCACCCUUCCAGGAGCCGAGGAAGUUGUUACCAUCCUGAAGAAAGAAGACCUCGGUGGAUUUGAGAAUGUCAACCCCUCUCAUGUCAACGGCGAAGAGCUGUUUGAAGCUGACAUCUUGCUGUCUCCUGAGCAGAAAAGGCAAUUAUUGGAGAGGAAGGCCAUAUCAUACACUUCCAUGAGAUGGCCAAAUGGGCCAAACGGAACUCCAGUUGUCCCUUACCAGUUUGGAGACUCGGUUGUGAAUACAACGCAAAUAGAGGCAGGGCUGGCUCACUGGGAGGAGCAUACCUGUAUCGACUUCCAAUUAAUUACAGGUACUCCUCCAGCCCAGUACUUGAACUUUUUCAAAGGCUCUGGGUGCUGGUCAUACGUCGGAAUGAUAUCAACACCACAAAAUGUAUCCAUUGGAGAUGGAUGCACUAGCUUGGGAACCGUUGUUCACGAGGUGGGCCAUGGCAUUGGAUUCUUCCAUGAGCAGUCACGCUCUGACAGGGACGACUAUGUGACCAUCAUUUUGGCAAAUGUGCAAGCCGGCAAAGAGGGAAACUUCAAUAAAGAAGUCGACAACAACUACUCAGUGCCAUAUGAUUUCUCUUCGGAUAUGCAUUAUGGUUCGGAGGUAAGUUGACUGGCAACUUUGUAA